AUGGUCUUUCCUCAAGUGAUAGCAGCGUUCCACGCAAUCUACGAUGUGAUCGGUCUUCCUGGUAAUUUAUUGGUCAUAGCGACGAUCAUCCUCGAAACAAGAUUUCAUGUGAUGCGAUAUAUUUUACUGGCAAGUCUCGCUUUAUCAGACUUUCUGCUGUUAGUCCUCGUAAACUUAUUCCGCAUUGAAAGCAUAGCACAAGAACAUUGGUUAUAUGGUCAAACAAUGUGCUAUCUUAACACAUCCUUUACAAGAUACUUCUAUAUCAACACGGUUCUUCACUUGGUAACAGUGUCUUAUGAUCGAUACCUAGCGAUAGUCAAGUCGCCUUUGACGUACAAUAGCAUCAUUACAAACACUAGGGUGGUGUUCUUGGCUCUCAUCUGGAUAAUCCCUGUGAUACCAGUUUCUAUCCUUGGUUGGGGAAAGUACGUUUACAAACCAGAGGUGUUCUCCUGUGAGCAGGAACGGGCUGUGCAGAGUGAGUCGAUUAGAGCCAAAGAAGUCGUUUUCCCCGUUGCGACCCUUCUAGUGCCACUUCUGAUCAUCGUAUUUCUAAAAACGUCAGUAUAUAAGACGGCUCGAAGACAGAUAAAUGCCAUGGAAGUCCAAGUAGGUGGCCCUGUCGAUGCUGAAAGCCCUCAACAGCAAGAGAUCGUAUCGAGACGACUAAGAGAUCGCAAAGUAGCUGUCGAUGUAUCCAUUAUCAUCGCCGCAUUUUUGGUGUGCUUUCUUCCCGUCUGGGUCACAGGUAUUUGUCACCUGUUCGUCCCGGGAAUCAAUAUUUCUGCCGAAGCAGUUCUUUCCACAACGUGCGUUUACUUCCUCAGUGCAAUAUGCAACCCGAUUAUCUAUUCUAUCCGUAAAAGAGAAUUCCGUAAAGCGGUGAAGAAAAUGUUCCGACGGAUUGGAGUAGGUUCAUAUUCUAACGACAACGACAUCGUUUAA